ACACAUGCCCUGUCAACAAAUUAGAGAUCCUGAUAUUUUGGAUUUAUCCUUGGAAUUUUUAGGAGAAACAGAAAAUGAUUCUAACUCUGGUUUUGGAAAAUGCCCAGAUUAUGGAAAGGAAAGAGUCAGUGAUGGAUGGUGUAAAGAUUGUGUUCCUUUAAAGAGAAUUUUAGAUAUUGGACAAGCGAAAAUCUUAAUCUUGAUAAUUUAA